AUGCACAAGGGAGACUCAAGCGAAAAGGCAGUCGAGAUUACCAGCUCUUUGGCAAUAGAGGCUAACCCACAGGUAAACCCAUAUCCUUACACUACUUCUAUUCUCAUUUUUGAAUCCUCUAUUAGGAGAAAGGAAGGUGUGACCCAUGCUUUGCCAAAUGAGGUGAGGCAAGAAUCUUUGGUCACCAUAGUACCACUUGAACAAUUACCCCGAGUAAUCCAGACCUCCCCUACUCUUAAGGCUCCUGUUAACAUUGCGACUUGUAAUAAGUUUGCUAGCCUUGUGGUGGAUCUUUCUGAGAAGCAAGUGAACGACAUGGAGAAAUUAGUUUCCCCGAUGAAAAGCCUCCUAAGCAGCAAAGUGAAGAACAUUUAUGGAAUUUCAAUUGGUACAACUAGAAAGAAGAAACAAAAGCAAAAAUCUCCUAACCAAGAGAAAGUUGGGGUUCCUAAAGCCUAG